AUGAUGAGCUUAACUCUGCUUCUUAGUUACACUUCUCUGGUCUUCCUGCUGAAUAUUAGGUGUGGAAGUAGCUUUGUGGUCGAUUUCCACCAAAGGCCGCGGAACUACCAUAUUUUGGGUAGCAAAAAUGAUGGGGGAAAUAAUAAUGAUCUUCCCACGGUUGCCAUUGUUGGAUCUGGCGCCGUCGGAGGAUAUUAUGGAGCACGGUUGUGGGAAACGGGUGCCUAUUCGGUCAAGUUCCAAAUGCGUGGGGAAAAUUACCAAGCAAGUGUCCAGAAUGGCUUCAAUGUGACAUCGGUACUCGGCAAUAUCUAUAUCCCUCCAGAGUCUUUGCAAGCCUAUGAAUCCACCGACGAAAUUGGUCCUGUCGAUUGGGUUAUAGUGGCUCUCAAGAGUACUGCCGUGGAUGCCAUUCCUGAUCUUAUUUAUCCCUUGCUACAACCAAGUACGCGUGUACUGGCCAUUAUGAAUGGAAUGAUUGAGGAUGAUCUGUUGCAACAGUUGAAAAAGAGAGCUUCCGAGGAUGAUGAUGAUACAAAUGAAGGAACCAUCCAGUGCUGUGGUGCCAUUUAUGGAGGUAUGGCUCUGGUCUGCAGUAACCGAAUAACACCGGGUCAUGUCGACCAUUCUUACGCAGGCCUACUCAGUGGUGGAGUGGCGGCAUACAAUCCCGAUCAAACCAAUCCACAAGAGAAUGAAGAGGCUUUCAAUCAACUGUGGGAACCAACCAGUAUUGACACCGCCUACGAACCGUCUCUAUUGAGAGGACGAUGGAAGAAAAUGGUGUGGAAUCUACCCUUUAAUGGAAUCAGUGUGGCGUUGGGAGGAGUCACUGUCGACAAGAUUGUCACGGAUCCAGGGUUACGGAGAUUGGCCUACACCGUCAUGGAUGAGACAAUUGCUGCCGCCAAUGCCGAUCUUGUCAAACACGGCGAGCAAGACUUUUUGGGAGAAAAAGAAAAGAAACAAAUGAUGGACCUCAGUGAUGCAAUGGGACCGUACAGAACUUCGACGAUGAUUGAUUUUACAGAACGCAAUUCGAUGGAAGUGCGAUACUUGUUCCGAAAACCGGUGGAAAGAGCCAACAAGUUGAAUGUCCCUGUCCCACAUCUCGAAACGCUUGUGACACAGAUUGAGUUCUUCCAGAAACAAUACAAUCUAUUUUGA